AUGUCGGGGACGCGGAUUUAUCAACUCUCAGUUCAAGUUUUACAAGAUUUAAGUCGCGUGUCAGGAAGAAUGAAGUUUUCAUUUGCUCGUUUGCGCAAUAUGCGCGGAAUAGUAGAGCAACCAAAGGUGUCUGUACCAGUGCCAACGGGGCCUAAAGCUAAGAAAGGAUUCAUGAUGGUCUCUUCGCACGACGUUGAGAUCUACCCAUUGGUUGUGUGCGUCUCGGUUGGUCUUGGUAUUGGCGCCUACAGUCUUGUGCGCCAUAUUAUGUCAAAUCCAGACGUCAAUUUAAGUCGCGAUCGCCGCGAGACGCCAGCGUGGGAGCGCUACAAGCCUGAAGAAGGAAAAGCUUUUUCGCAGAACCGUCAUCACUUGGCUAAUCUAAAGCCAAAUCCAGUCAAUACGUUUCCAGAGGCUCUUAAAAUUCAAGAAGACUCUAAAUGA